AUGCUGCUCCGCCUCCGCCCGCCGCCGUAUCCGUCCACCGCGUCCGCAACCCUCUCGUCCUUCCUCCCUCCACUUCCUUCCGCCGCCUCAUCCCCUUGCCGCGCUGGCGGCCCCCUCCGCGCCGACGCCUCUCCGCCGCCGCCGCUGCCAAGGGUAAAGCUCUUCUUCACAGCUGUGACUGAUGCUGUCGAGAAACGGAGAAGAGGUGCUUACUGCCAAAUUUCUGCUGUUGCGCUAGAUUCGAGCGGCCGGUUGGAUCCGCGCCAGGAGCGGUACGACGUAAUUGUGGUCGGAGGUGGCCAUGCCGGCUGCGAGGCCGCCCUUGCUUCGGCUCGCCUCGGCGCGCGCACCCUCCUUCUUACGCUCAACAUUGACCGGAUUGCGUGGCAGCCUUGCAACCCUGCUGUUGGUGGGCCUGCGAAGUCUCAACUUGUCCACGAGGUAGAUGCCCUUGGUGGUGAAAUUGGAAAAAUCGCUGAUAGGUGCUACCUGCAAAAGCGUGUACUGAACAGCUCAAAAGGCCCUGCUGUACGUGCACUGCGUGCUCAGACUGAUAAGAGAGAGUAUGCAAUAGAGAUGAAGAACGUUGUGGAAAGCACAGAAAAUCUUUUCAUUAGAGAAGCAAUGGCUACAGAGGUUUUGAUUGGAAAAAAUGACAGUGUUGAGGGUGUUCGCACUUUCUUCGGCAUGGACUUUUACGCACCAUCUGUUGUACUUACCACCGGAACAUUCAUGAGUGGUAAGAUUUGGGUUGGUAGGACAUCAAUGCCUGCUGGGCGAGCUGGAGAGUCAGCUUCUCAUGGACUUACUGAAAACUUGCAGCUUCUGGGUUUUGAAACUGACCGCUUAAAAACUGGUACACCACCACGAAUUGAUCGCAGGACAGUUGAUUUUUCUGGAUUGGAACCCCAGCAUGGUGAUGAAGAGGUAGGUUGGUUUAGUUUUGAUCCUGAAUUUCACGUUGAGAGAGAACAGAUGUGCUGCUAUCUAACACGAACUACAAAAGAGACGCACCAAAUUGUUAUAGACAACUUAGAUGAAACACCAACUUAUGGUGGCUGGGUUGAAGCAAAGGGACCAAGAUACUGCCCGGCAAUUGAAGAUAAGAUUGUAAGGUUCAAAGAUAAAGAGUCUCAUCAGAUCUUUCUUGAACCUGAGGGUAGAAAUGUUCCUGAACUAUAUCUACAGGGCUUUUCUACUGGGCUUCCUGAGAGAUUGCAAUUGCCCCUUGUGCGAACUAUACCAGGGCUGGAGAACUGUCUAAUGCUAAGGCCUGCAUAUGCAGUUGAAUAUGAUUACUUACCUGCAUAUCAAUGCUCAAGAUCACUUAUGACAAAGAAGUUUGUGGGUUUAUUCUUCUCUGGCCAGAUAAAUGGAACAACGGGAUAUGAAGAAGCUGCAGCUCAGGGUAUAGUUUCUGGAAUCAAUGCAGCUAGGCAUUCUGAUGGGAAAUCAUUAAUUAUUCUUGAGAGGGAAAGCAGUUAUAUAGGAACUCUUAUUGAUGAUCUUGUUACAAAAGAUCUUAGAGAGCCCUAUCGCAUGCUAACAAGCCGUUCAGAACACCGGCUAUUGCUUCGAGCAGAUAAUGCUGAUAGUCGUUUAACCCCUUUGGGACGAGAGAUUGGUUUGAUAGAUGAUAGACGCUGGGAGCUUUAUCAGUCAAAGCAAGCCCGCAUUAAGCAAGAAAAAGAACGGUUGAAAUCGACAAAAGUUCCAGGAGGUGAAUUUGCUGCUGAAGUUACUGCAGUAUCCAACCAACCUGUAAAGGAGUCAUCUACACUUGAAGCCAUACUAAAGAAGCCACAUGUACAGUAUAGGCUCCUUGAUAAGCAUGGAUGUGGAAACGAAAAUUUAUCUCGAAUUGAGAAGGAAUGUGUAGAGAUUGAUAUCAAGUAUGAAGGUUUCAUCGCACGACAACAUAGUCAAUUACAUCAGAUUGUAAACCAAGAACACAGGAAACUUCCUGAAGAUUUGGAUUACCACUCAAUGACAAAUCUAUCACUUGAAGCUCGAGAGAAACUUUCCAAGGUGCGUCCGCAAACAAUAGGUCAAGCUAGCAGAAUUGGUGGUGUGAGCCCAGCAGACAUGACAGUUCUCCUCAUUUGGAUGGAGAGCAACCGACGCAUGGCGAACCACAGGAGACAGCAAGAGCAGCUGAGAUCAGCUGCAGUCGAGGCGGAUGGUUCUUCAGAGGAGGUGAUCCAUGCCAGCACUGCAUAA